AUGUGGGUUUCUCUCCUUUUAGUGCUGCUAUCACUUGCUGUCUCUCAGUACACUCAAGCCAUUCCAAAAGUGACUGUAACGCCUAGCGAUCACGUCUUCAGUGGAGAGACUGUCACUCUCAGAUGUGACAUAGAGGAAGGCAUUGACUGGACGUACAGUUGGUAUAAAGAUGGUUCAGUGGUCCCCAUCAACACUGAGAGAGUGUACGAAUUCAUAUCUGACGAGUUUGCCGCUGGUAAAUACACCUGUAGAGGAGAGAAGACACAAGACUCGGGCAGAUCAGAGAUCAGUGACGCUGUUACACUGACUGUAUCAGAUUUACCCAAAGCUUCAGUCACAGCAGAUCCAGACAGGGUUGUGUUCAGUGGAGAGACGAUCUCUCUGAAAUGUGCCAUAGAGUCUCACUACAGCGACUGGAGAUUCCACUGGUCUAAAUACAGCAGCAUAUUCACUGAAGAUGAGAAAAACACAAGUGCAGAGACUCUCACUAUUGAAAGGGUUUCUGAAUCUGAUCAGGAUAAAUAUUGGUGUUGGGGAGAAAGAGAGGGCAGACCGAUGAAAUCCCAGAAGAGUGAAGUGGUUUCACUCAGAGUGGAAGACAGAACCCAGGCAGUUUUGAAGAUUGCUCAGAACUGGCUGCCCGAAGGGGACUCGUUAACUCUGGUGUGUGCAGUGAGAAGCUCGUCCAGAGGUUGGACGUUCAGCUGGUUCAGAGAUGAUCAUCAGCUCCUGUCAGACAGCAGCAGAGGAGCUGGAGGCUCUUACACUCUCAGUCCUGCUGCUGUGAAGCACACGGGAGUUUACGCGUGCCGAGCCGAGAGAGGAGCUUAUUACACCGAAUACAGCUACACUCAGCUGCUCUGGGUCACCUCUCGAAAGCCUAGAGCUUCUCCAAUCAUCAGUCCAAGCAGAUCUCAACACUUUCUCUCUGACUCCCUUUCCCUGAGCUGUGAGGACCAGAGGAGCUCCGGAUGGAGACUGAGAAGAUAUAGCGAAAGGCUGGAAGAUUGUUCAUCUUCAGACUGGGGGAUAGAAACAGGAUCUACACGUAGAAUCAGCUCUCUUAAGACAUCUGAUACUGGAGUUUACUGGUGUCAGUCUGAGUCUGGAGAGAAGAGUCAACCUGUGAACAUCACAGUACAUGAUGUUGGUGUGAUCCUGUGAAGUUCUGCUUAUCCUUUAAAUGAAGGAGAUCCUCUGACUCUACACUGCUUACAACGAAAUACACACUCCUCAAACCUCAGAGCUGCUUUCUAUAAAGACAGAUCUCUCAUUCAGACCCAAACUACAGUUGACCAAAUGACCAUUCCUGCUGUCUCAAAGUCACAUGAGGGUUUCUACUACUGUAAACUCCCAGAGAGAAGACAAUCACCAAAGAGCUGGGUCUCAGUCACAGAAUCACAAACAGAAUAUCAGAUUUCAGUCCUCAAAAUGAUCAGUAGUGUGUUUGCAGCCUGUCCAUAUUUACUUCUGUCCAUCAUCCUGGGUGUCAAAUGGCACAGGGCUUAUGGUAGACCUGAUGAAGUCCACAGUGAAUAUGGAACCUGGCGGACACGUCGACAUGACAGAGUUUGACAUGCUUAAAGGAGAAGUCCACUUCCAAAACAAAGAUUCACAUAUA